GUCAACUUCGUCCAGGCUGUAAACUACUAAGCUUUCCUCCAACACACUUCUAUAUCUACGUCGACGAUUUUAUUUUCUUCCACCCGACCUCUCUCCCACAUAAUCUCCCCCUCGUCAACAAAUCUUCGAUCUUGACGCAUCGACUCGACUCUACUACCGCGCCUGUACCGAACGAGACGACUCUAUCUAAUCCCAGGUCGCACUUUGCCUCCCACCUCCCCACCUCAGAGUGACAGAGUCUUCGCCCAUCAUGAAGGUCACCUUCAAGGAUCUCAAGCAACAAAAGUUUACCCUCGACGUCGAGCCUUCUGAGCUGAUUUCUGCCGUCAAAGAAAAGAUCUCAGCUGAGAAAGGAUGGGAACCCAAGCUGCAGAAGCUGAUCUACUCUGGCAAGAUUCUGAAGGAUGAAGAGACUGUUGGCUCCUACAACAUUGAGGAGAAGGGUUUUGUGGUCUGUAUGGUGAACAAGCCUAAGCCCAAGCCCGAACCCAAGGCGGCCGAAUCCAGUGCUCCUCCUGCCACACCCGCCCAGGCUGUUGCCAACACACCUGCAGCCCCUGCGGCCCCUGCGCAUUCUUCAUCUCAUCAGACUGCUGUCCCCGCGACACCUACUCCUCAGCGCUCUGUGGAUGCUGGAACUGGUGCUCAAGCUGAGGAGCCUUCUGGCCUUGCUAUGGGAUCCCAGCGCACCGAGGCGAUCGCAAACAUGGAGGCCAUGGGCUUUGAAAGAAGCCAGAUCGAAGCGGCCAUGCGCGCUGCCUUCAACAACCCUGACCGUGCUGUCGAGUAUCUUCUUAAUGGCAUUCCCGACAAUAUCCGACAAGAGCAGCAGCAGCGUGAGGCGGCUCCCGCGGCUCCUGCUUCACAACCAGCUCAACCCGCCGCUUCCGCCCAAGGUGCCUCUGAUGAGGGUGGCGUGAAUUUGUUCGAUCUUGCUGCUCAACGUGGAGGUUCUGGUGGCCGAGGAGGAAAUGGAGGGAACCAGGCGGCGGCAGCCGCAGCUGCAGCUGCAGCUGCUGGACAAGGUGGCGAUUUGGGUAACCUCGACUUUCUGCGACACAAUGCUCAAUUCCAGCAACUCCGCCAGGUUGUUCAGCAACAACCGCAGAUGCUCGAGCCAAUCCUUCAGCAGCUUGGAGCCGGCAAUCCUCAAUUGGCCGAGUUGAUUGCUACAAAUCCAGACCAAUUUCUCCAGCUCCUCGGUGAAUAUGCCGAUGACGACACUCCCCUACCCCCUGGGGCUCAGGCCAUUUCGGUCACUGAGGAGGAACGAGAUGCUAUCGAGAGGUUGUGCCGCCUAGGAUUCGAUAGAGAUCAGGCCAUUCAGGCUUAUUUUGCCUGCGACAAGAACGAAGAACUAGCUGCUAACUUCCUCUUUGACCAACCGGAGGAUGACGAGCCUGCCCCCAACAACAACAACUAAGGGCAGAUGAGCUGUGCAGAACAAUACGCAUUACGAUUAUGAACCGAAGGAAAGGGCACAAAACCAGGCAUUCUUUGUGGAAUCACCAUCUGGCGACGGCGACGGACCAGGAAUAGGACAACAGAAGAGGAUCAUGAAAAGAAUGCAGCCAUUGGUCCCAGCUAAUAGAGCAGGCAUAAAUGGUGGUUUUGAUCUUAGAAAGCUCCCAUUCUAUGUUUGCAUUGUGAUAAUGAACACCUGGUGUAAGGUGGGUAGGUAACUGAGGAUUCUUCAGCUACUUCUGUCCUUACCUUAUCGUGUUAUAGUGACUACCUAUGAAGCUGCCUUAAUUGAGUAGUACGAUGGGAUGUCAAAAUCAGAGAGAAUACGAAUAAUGCUGAAUCUCACUGCUGUUUAUAGGAUAUCAAAUUCAAGCUUCAUAGUCUAAACACUAGAAGAAUUCGAGCCUCUGCAUCAGGAGGGAGGGAGGG